AAUAACUACACGUUUGUUUACAUUUUUCUAGAAAACAUUUAAACGUUGUUGUUUAUCGCUCUGUUUACAUGAUAUAUAUGAGAAGUUAGUAUAAAAUAUGGUGCUUCAUUCUGGAUUAUAAAACUUUUAAUGUUCAGUGUCCAAACGUGUGCCAGUUACGUACAUGGCUUACGUUGUUCCAGAAACAUUCCAGCCAUGUAAAGGUGCACGGAAAGAACUCCCACCAGGGCUGAAGGAACUUGCAACACUUAAUGAAGUUCAAAUAAGCAGGAAUGUUAACUUCUUUGAGCUUUUUUUAUGCUGUACUCCCCGUCAAGCAUCGUUUACUGUUUCUACAUGUUCAACAUCACCAGAAGAAAUCUUCUCUAUUAAAGAAUCUGGUAUGUGCAUGUUCCGUGAAUGUCUAGGAGGGGCAAGGAAUCUAAUGCUUCGGAUGAGCAAUAACGAAGAUGAAGAUGUAGCGUUCUUUUCACGUUCUAUGACGUGUACACGUGGGUGUUGCGGUUCUGCCUGUUGUCCACCUAAUAUGGGCAUAAAUUCUCCACCAUAUAUCAGGAUAGGAACUAUACAGGAAAGAGUAAAUUGUUGCUACCCACGGUUUGAUGCUAUGAAUUAUAAAGACAAUGAAAACUUGCUUACAUAUCAUACUGACUGUUGUUACAUAAAAACAUGUGGACUCUGUUUUGAUCUAGAAAUAACUGUCCAUGAUGCUAGCACAGAAGAAUGUGUUGCUAAAAUAGUAAAGAAAUCAAAAUCCGAUUGUCUGGAAUGGUGUAAUUUUAAAAAUGAUUUUAUUGUACAAUAUUUAACAGACUUAGACAUUAUAAAAAGACUAAUGGUGAUAGGUGCCUGUUUAUUAGCAGAUUUUAACAACUUUGAACAUGAUCGAAGAUACUGCUGUUGAUUUGAACAAUUGCUGUCUUAGUCAAUAUAUGAAAUAUCCGAAUUGUUGAAAUUUAUGCUAAACCAUAACUUUUAUACAUAUAUUUUUUUUUAUAUAUAUCUAGUCAGUCAAAUAUUAUACACUUUACAGAUCUUUACAGAACUAUAAUAUCAAGAUUGAAGCAGGCAUUUAGUAAUUCUAUUUAUUUCUCAAACAUUUUUGUGAUACUGUGUACAACUCUUACAUACAUGAUUAGCAGUGACUUUUCUGUUCCGAAAUUGUUAGCAGUUACUUUUCUGCCCCGGAAUUGUUAGCAGUCCUUUUUGACCACCGUUAAAUAUCUUUUUCUGGUUAACAAGUUGAACCCGUCGUGUUUUCAGCAACACGUCAAUAUUAAAGUGCCCUUUUUUGCUCCGAAAUGAUCAGCAGUACAAAAAUAGUCAUUUACUGUUCAUGAAUGGUUAGCUGAAGUUAGAACCUUGUAUGCUUAUAAAAAGAAAGCAGUUCCAUUUCUGAUCUGGAAUAGUAAGCGCUCUGUUUUAAAUCGGAAAUGGGUAAUACUAACUUUUCUGCUUCGGAAUGGUUAGCAUUCCUUUUUAACAACCGUUACAAGUUAUCAAUGACAUGUCAAAAUUCUAAAAAUAGGUUCGAGAUGAAGGGAUGAAUAGGUGGAUGGCUGUUUGAAUUCCAGUGGCAAAUCAAAAUGCAUAUUCAAGGUCAGAACAUGUUAACUCAAUAUGCAUAUUAUGGACUUGAAUUUGUACUCGAUAUGCAGAGACGGAUUUUUUCGUACUAGUCCACAAGGUAACUUUACUAUAAACUUUAUUUACCAAACCGACAGGUAAAAUUUGAUAUACAAAUUACUUAAACAAAAUGAGUAAAAGUAAUAUGGGAAACAGAUAACACAACAUCUACGAAACAACCACAAUUAAACUCGCAUGCCACAGAGUUGUCACUUUCAAACAUCCAAAGAAAUCUUACUCAAACACACCCAGCAAAUCAUUCAGCAUCUACAUUUUCGAACUCCAGUAUGUACCAUAAACUACAAAAGCUUAACCAUAGAGAUUCCUUUUGUACAGCAGUACAUGAAAAUUUGUUCAUAAAUGAUUUACAGAAUUUUAACUAUUAAAAGUCUCAACUGUACGGAGAAGGACGCCAGUGCAUCUCAGGUUUACAAAUUUCGCCAAAGCCUUACAUAAUACAUGUAAUGACGGGAUGUAUAAGUACAGAGCCACGUCAUAUAUGUAUCAAAGAAACAUAAAAAUGCAUAUAGACAAAGCAUAUAUAAAAAAUGAAAGACAAGCAUAUUAUAAACAUGUUUUACAAUAGCAAAAAAACGCCC